CUUGUGGAAACUUCUUCCCACAACACGACCAUGGCCCAGGCUCUUGGGUGGCUGCUGCUGCUGCUCUUCUGUUCCUCUGCUCAGAGUUUUCUCUGGAGACGAACUCGUGGUUCCUUUCCAAGCAAAGGGAUACCCAGUGCUGAUGAAGGUCCCUUCUGGCAAAAGUUGGACCAUUUUAGCAAAAAUUGUUCACAGUUUUGGCCACAGAAAUAUUUCGUUAAUGAUGCCUACUACAAACCUGGAGGGCCAGUUUUUCUGAUGAUUGGAGGUUUUGAGACUGUCUAUGAAUCCUGGUUAUCAGUAAAUCUUACCUGGCUUACAUAUGCUGAGAGAUUGGGCGCCCUCUUCUUAAUUCUGGAACACAGGUUUUAUGGACACAGCCAACCAACAGAAGAUCUGAGUACUGCCAGCCUACGCUACCUCAGCAGCAGGCAAGCCUUGGCUGACAUUGUGAACUUCCGAACUCAAAUAGCAGAAAAAAUGGGACUCACCAAAAACAAGUGGGUUACAUUUGGCUGCUCUUAUGGCGGCUCCCUUGCAGUGUGGUCGAGAAUAAAACACCCUGACCUGUUCGCUGCAGCAGUGGGUAGCAGUGCCCCAAUCCAAGCAAAAGCUAAUUUUUAUGAGUACCUUGAAGUUGUUCGAAGAUCUCUGGCCACUCAUAGUAGCAAAUGUUUCCAAAGAGUGAAAAAGGUUUUUAAUCAAGUUGUGAAGAUGCUGAAACUUCCAGAAUACUACAGUAAGCUUGAAGAUGAUUUCACGUUAUGUAAACCUCUGAAAUUUUACUCCGCAAUGGACAAUGCCUUUUUUCUAGAACGUUUGAUAUAUCCUGUUAUGCUCGCUGUUCAGAGGAAUAAGAACAUAAAUAACUAUGAGGGAAAACAGGUUUCAAUCAGCAUGGAUGACCUUUGUGACACGAUGGCUAACACCUCAUUGGGUUCACUUUACUAUAGAUACAUUAGAAUUAUACAUUCAACAAUUGGGAAUAAAUAUUCACCUUGCCUUUCUGCAAAUUACGGAGAUAAACUGAAAGCCUUCGUGGACUCUUCCAUCAGACACCAAUAUCCUACAACAGGCAGGCAACACUUCUACCAGUGUUGCACUGAAUUUGGGUUCUUUCAGACCACAGAUUCAAAGAACCAGCCCUUCACUGGGUUGCCUCUCAGUUAUUUUGUUCAACAAUGUUCUGAUUUCUUUGGCCCUAAGUUCAAUUAUGAUUCACUGAAUACGGGUGUUACAUCCACCAAUGCGUACUACGGUGGCUUCAACGUGACAGGAAGCAAAGUCAUCUUCCCCAAUGGUUCCCUUGAUCCUUGGCAUGUUCUGGGGAUCACAAAGGAUAUCAGUAAAGAUUUGCCUGCUGUCUUCAUUAAAGGUGCAGGACAUUGUGCAGACAUGUAUGAACAAAAGGAUAUUGAUUCAGCUAAACUAAUUCAAGCACGAGAAAAAAUCUUCCAGAUUCUACAAAAAUGGCUAAAGCAAUAAAAAAAAUUUUUUUUU